AUGUCAGAAGAAGGCAAAGUCAUCACUGAUGUCGCCCUGAAAGAUUCCCCUUCGGUUGACCCGCUCUUCUUUGACGUCUGCCUCGUGUUCGUCGGCUGCGUGUGCACCGUGCUGAUGUGCUUGUUUGGGAUUGUCGCCAAUGUCGUGAACAUCCCGCUGUUCCGAAGACAGGGAUACCGAGAUGGCGUGAACGUGACACUGACGGCGUUGGCCGUCAGCGAUCUUGGCGCGGUGACCUUUGAGCUGGCCUACGCCACGAUAAUGAAUCCGUACAUUUCGGAGGUGGAUUUGCUGGUCUCCAAGGUGGUCAUCGGGUUUAUUGUCGGCUACAUCCACGAGUAUUUUACAAGAGUCAGCAGUGUCAUCACGGCGUUCGCCGCUCUGGAGAGGUGCCUCUGCGUGACGCGACCCCUGAAGGUCAAGGCCAUGAUCACGACGAGGGUCGCCGUCGCGGUGAACCUGAGUAUAUUCCUGAUCUACUCUGGCUACCUGUUCCCUCAAUUUUACUCUAUGUACUUUGACUGGGCGUUUGUUCCGGAACGAAACAGGACUGUCUAUGUGGUCUUCUUCACCAGCAGGACGGCCAGCAUGUUUCCGAUUACUUUGUACUUCACGGACAUGCUCCUGCCGUACUGCACCUUCUUGGUGUUGGUCUCCUGCUCUACGGUCCUUUUCGUGACGCUCAAAUCGAAAGCGAAAUGGCGGCGGCUGAUUUCCGGUUCCGACGACAGGCUCUCCCACGUGUCUACCAAAGAGCGGAAGUCGGGACUCCUCUUCAUGUCCGUCUCCGUCAUGUGCAUCGUGCUCCUCCUGCCCCAGUAUCUCCUGUUCACCGCCAUUAUUUUCGUCAGGGCGCUGGCUUUGGACGGCUACCUCAGCGAUCUCAGAACCGUGUUCAGCACUUUCACCAACUUUCUGAAAAUCACCAAUUGCAGUUUUACUAUUUUCAUUUACUUCAAGAUGAGCAGUAAAUACAGGAAAGAGUUUCAGAAAAUGUUCGGAAAGUGUAUUCCGACCCCAUCGCCAUAA